GAUUCGCGUGGAACAUAACCUAUCAUUAAGUGCCACGUACCAUACGCGCGCAAUAUUCAUUUAGAAUGUUUUUGUUUCCGGUGUGAUAUUCGGCCCACGAACGGAACGGUAUUGUAACAGAAAAGAUCCGUGACCAGUUUAACAUAUUACGCGUACACGAUCACAAUGGCUUUUUCAAGACGUUUCAAACUGUUGUUCUGUGCUCUCGGUAUUUUCGUAUGUUACUUCCACUUUGGCAUGUUACAAGAAAAAAUCACCCAAGGACAGUAUGGGGACGAAAAGAAUAGUGAAAAAUUCACUUACAUGUUCACUUUAGUCUUUUGGCAAUGUUCAGUCAACUAUUUGUUCGCUAAGACUAGUUUAUUGACAGUCAUGAAGCAGGGCGAAGAUAGUACUCCGAAAACAUAUUACGCGAUAUCCUCACUCACGUAUUUACUGGCUAUGGUUUGCAGUAACAUGGCUUUACAGUUUGUCAGUUACCCGACACAAAUAAUUGGGAAAACCGGCAAACCAAUUCCUGUGAUGAUACUUGGAGUACUACUAGGGAAGAAGGUUUACCCAGUUAGGAAGUACUUAUUUGUCUUCUUAGUCGUCAUUGGCAUAAGUUUGUUCAUAUACAAAGACGGUGGCAUGUCAAAGAAGCAACCAGAGGGGCAAAUGGCAUUCGGAGAACUGUUGUUGUUACUGUCGUUAACAAUGGAUGGUUUAACUUGUGCUGUACAAGAACGAAUGAGGUCGGAACAUAAUUCCAAGUCUGGCCAUAUGAUGCUGAAUAUGAAUGGUUGGUCCGCAAUAUUCAGUGGUGCUGUCAUCCUACUAUCCGGAGAAUUUUUUGAAUUUAUCCAGUUCCUACAGAGACACCCAUCAACCGUAUGGUUGAUAACCACUUUCUCUAUAGCAGGUGCAUUCGGACAGUACUUCAUAUUCCUGACUAUCGCGGACUUUGGCCCGUUACCGUGCUCGAUUAUAACCACAACUAGAAAAUUCUUUACGGUACUAGGUUCGAUACUAAUUUUUGGCAAUACUUUGACCUAUAGACAGUGGCUAGGUACGUUCAUCGUGUUCUCAGGAUUGCUUCUAGAUGCGUUGCAUAGUAUAGACAAGUCCUCCAAGAAAAACGUAGUGAAGUAAGGAACGAAACGUGCGUGCUAACACAUGGGAUCGUGAAUCGUCAAGCUAUAGCACAAUUUUAUAUUCUGAUACGUGUACAAAGCAUUAUGUACGGUGGCGCGAUCACGAUUGUUGUAAGAUACGAUAAGAAAUCAACUUGUUGGUAUUCCGUAUUUUGUUUCGUGCAUAGAAUUUCGGGAAAAAUUUUAUGAACAUUACAUUUUACAAUGUAAUACGUCUGCGCGUACCUGUAUGUGUAUGUAUGCGUGUACAUUUAUGGAAGGCAUGCACGUAUACAGAUAGAGGUAAAAUACGUUACCUGUGAAUUUACUCGAUUUCUAAAAAAAUUUUUUUUUUUUUUUUUUUUUUUACCGUAUCCUGCCAUGAACAGUGUCAAGAAGCAUGAUUUAUCAUGAAAUUCCACAAACGUUAUCGUGAGCUGCGGCUUACGUGGUAUGAAUGAAUAAACGAAUGGAAAACGAGUGAAAAGAAUACAAUUAUUUUGUACGCGAUCGAGUGCAAUUAUUAUUUUUUAAACGCGUGAACGAUUUUUUUUAUCGCCUUCCUUUUUCUUCCGUUGGAUACUGUCGACGUGCGUGCGGCGUUUGGCGCACGAACGGAUAAUUGUCGGAACGAGUCGCGGAGCAAACUGCAAACGACACGAUCCGAACACUCUGUUAAUUGCGAACUGUGCGAUAGCAACGCGUAAAAUAUUUUUCAAAAUUGGAUUUCGCUAUUGUUAUCAACGAUGGUCAAGCAGAUAAUAACGACGCACGAAUGGCCGUUUGGUAGGGAGCGUAAUCAGUGGAAUGUACUAUAACUGCGCAAACUGCUACCCAAGAAGUAGUUUAACGUAUUUCAGUAAAGAAGCCGCAUCGAAGGCCGAUGUUUCGUGAAACACAAUCUGAAGUACGAUUGCGGAAUGAAUAUACGGUUUUCCAGAUGUUGCGCGUGGAUCGUUGUGUUAUCUGUGUGCUUCCCGGGUACUUGCGCGCUUCUCGGGAACGGUGAGUGCUGAACUCCGUCAAUUUAUACAACAUUUGUGUAUACAUAUAUAAUAUGUAUGUAUGUAUAUAUGCGUGUAUAUAUUCAUAUUUAAAAUUAUUUUGUACCUUGUUCUUAUUCCUUGCCCCCGUCGUUAAUUAAUCGUCGCGACAAACAGGUAACGAUGCAAAGGUGUACUUACGGCCAGUGUAACGAUUCAGAACAACGGGUUUUUGGCGCGCUCGUUCACCUUCUAUACGUCGUAAUAAUUUUAUAAUAUUGAAACACAGUACGCCUAAAAUACUGAACAGUCUGCCCACCUGAAUCGUUUAUUUUAACGGAAGUUAUUUGAUUUCAAUAGCGCGGCAGCGUCUUUUUAGCUUUACGUGGAAUUAUCGUGGACAUUUUAAGGUCAUUAAUUUUUAAGUGGAAAGAUAUGUGUUUAUUUACCGUCUGAUAGAGGCUUGCUAAACGAAUGAUUCAAUGGUCGUGUAAUUAUAUAUCCUAUACGACUUUGUUUCCAAGUUACAUUUUUAUUAUUUGUAACGUUACAUAGUUAUUCGACUAUUUUUACAGAAAUUGUUCAAAGUAGACGCCCUUGGCUCGAACGAAGACUUCUGAACGUCUUAUCGUAAACCUUAACCGUU